AUGGCUAGCCCUCCAGUUCUCUCGUUCGAUGCUGAGGGCCGCCCGAUUAAGUUUGAGACCUGGCUCGAUGAUCUGCACCUGUUCCUCCAGCUCACUGCCAGAGAGGAUAUCUCGCUGUACGAUCACGCACUAGGCACAGUCCCUCCUCCUACUACUACUGCUGCUGCUACUGCUCGCUCACAGUGGCAGACUCGCGAUGCCCACGCCCGCUUUGCUAUUCGCAACUCCCUGCCAGUCGACGAGCGCGAGCACUUUGGCCAGCAUCAGACUGCGCAGGCCCUGUACACUGCUGUAGUUGCGCGCUACUCCUCCUCGGCCUCAGCUGCACUAGGCCGCCUCUCGCUUCCCUACCUGUUCCCCGACCUGUCCGCCUUCCAGACAGUCGCUGACCUCAUCACUCACCUCCGCACUAGUGAUGCCCGCUUCCGUGCCGCCAUGCCCGCUGAGUUUCUUGCCUCCAACCCUCCCCCGCUCUGGCUCACUCUCUACCACCUAGUCACCCGCCUCCCUGACACUCUGCGUACAGUCAGGGACCACUUCCUAGCUCGCUGCCCCACUGAGCUCACCAUUACCGCCCUAGAGAAGGAACUACUUGCAACUGAGAAGAGUAUUGUAGCUGUAGGUACCUCUCGUGGCGACCCCCGCACCCCUUUCUUCGAGGGGUGUUCCCCCUCCCCCCUGCUCCCCUCUGUCGCCUCUGCUGCUGCUGUCGACCUCCUUGGUGCUGAGCAGGUCGGCUCUGCGUCCGCUCCCAGCGGGCGUCGCAGCGGCAAGGGCAGGGGAGGCAAGGGCGGUGGGGGUGACGGCGGGGGAGGCGGUGGUGGGGGUGGUGGCGGCGGUGGGGGUGGUGGCGGGGCUGGAGGGGCUAGUGGCAGCGGUGGGAGUGGUGGAGGCAGCGGCGGCGGCGGUGGCCGGGGUGGGGGCGGUGGUGGUGGCGGCAGUGGACGUGGAGGCGGCAGGGGCGGUGGUGGUCGUGGUGGAGGCGGCGGUGGUGGUCGUGGAGGCUCUGGCACUGGCCAGAGCGCGCAGCACCCUCAGUCCUCCCAGGAGCUUCGUGAGUGGUACUUACAGCACGGGGGUGGGGGGGGUAGCCUUAGCUGCACGUACGUCAUCCGCACUAGUCGCCGCAAGGGACAGACGUGCGGGAGGGCGCACACUGCGCAGCGCUGCUUCUCUCGCCUAGAUGACGCGUGGCGUGCUCAGUUUCCUGACGCUCCUGAGCUCCCUCAUGGAGAGGAGGACCAGUACCUGUGUGUUCCGCCUGACCCAGGCAUCCGCACGAGUGAGGCUGCAGCCCUAGGUGCUUGCGUGUCUGCUGCCCCAGGUGCUAGUGAGGCUACUGCUCUAGGUGCUUGUGUGUCCGCCACCCCAGGUACUACUGAGUCCACUGAGGCACUACACACCUUCACUCUAGACUCAGGCGCUUCGCGCUGUUUCUUUCGUGACCGCACUGCUCUUGAGCCCCUUGCUCGACCAGUCGCUGUCUCGCUCGCUGACCCCUCUGGGGGUCCGGUCAUUGCGACCUCCUCCACUGUCCUUCCUUGUCCUGCUGUCCCGUCGGGCACACUAUCAGGUCUCCACCUCCCCUCGUUCUCUACGAACUUGGUGGCGGGUUGUGCGCUUCAGGAUGGGGGUGUUCACCAGUUCACCCCUGCCUACGAGCGUGUGACACACUGCACGUGUGCUCCGACGGGCCGUCACCUGGCUACCUUCACUCGGCAGCCGGGGUCGGACCUGUACACACUGACCACUGAGUCCCCUCAGGUAGCGGCGUCUGCGUCUGCGUCUGCGUCAGGUCAGCUGUCUGCCCCCUGCUCGUGUCGCUCUCUAGCGCACAAGACUGUCCUCUGGCACCACCGACUUGGUCACCCGUCAGUGCAGCGCCUUCGGGGCAUGCACUCCCGGUACCUUGUCUCUGGUCUUCCUCGGGUACUCCCUCCCCUCCCACCCUCCCUUGCUCCUGCUUGUCUUCCCUGUGUCGAGGGGCGGCAGCGCGCUGCCCCUCACUCCUCCUCGUUCCCCCCGACGACAGCUCCUUUGCAGACGCUCCACAUGGACGUGUGGGGCCCAGCCCGCGUUCGUGGUCAGGGCCAGGAGAGGUACUUCUUGAUCGUCGUUGACGACUACUCGCGCUACACCACGGUCUUCCCCUUGCGCACCAAGGGUGAAGUCCCUGAUGUCCUGAUCCCUUGGAUCAGCAGAGCACGUCUUCAGCUGCGAGAGCGUUUUCGCUCGGAGUUUCCUGUCCUGCGCUUGCACUCUGACAGAGGUGGCGAGUUCUCCUCCGACCUCUUGGCAGCCUACUGUGCCGAGCACGGCAUUCGCCAGUCGUUCACGCUUCCGGCCUCUCCACAGCAGAAUGGGGUUGCUGAGCGCCGCAUUGGCUUGGUCAUGGAGGUCGCUCGUACCUCCUUAGUCCACGCGGCUGCCCCCCACUUUCUGUGGCCGUUUGCGGUCCGGUACGCUGCGCAUCAGCUCAACCUCUGGCCCCGUGUCUCCGCUCCGGAGACCUCGCCCACACUGCAGUGGACGGGGGAGGUAGGCGAUGCGUCACGCUUCCGUUUUUACCACCCCGCCUCGCACCGCGUCUUCCCCUCUCAGGACGUUACUUUUGACGAGUCCGUGCCCUUCUACCGCCUCUUCCCCUACCGCACUGCCCCGCUCCCUCCCCCGCCUCUCUUCCUCGCGCCAGGUGCUGCAGUGGUAGACCCCCUUCCCCCUCAGGGUGCCGCUCCCUCAGGUGUCUCUCAGGUAGACCCGGUUGAGCCUGCCGAGGUAGCUGUCGACUCGCGUCCUGCUAGAGGUGCUGAGCCUGAGCGUGCGGAGCCUGAGCGGGUGGAGCCUGGGGGUGCUGAUUGA